UUAACAGCUCCAAAAGUUACUCCAGACAAUUUUCAGACUGAUUUGAUUUGAUUUUUCAAAAAAUAUGGCUCCAGACGAAGUAGAGGAGGCACCCCAUCCGAGCGGCGGGUCUGAGCCCGAUCUGACAUUGGACAAGAACAAGCUGCGACUGUUGGCCGAUACAUUCGGUAAGGUGAACUUCUAUUUGCAGAACGGUGUCGACCAUGGCUAUCUGAAGCUAAAUGGGCCGGGCCUGUACAAGUUCGAAUGGCAGCGGGCGGCCAAUGGUGAGGAGGAGAGUCUGCAGGCCGAGGAGGACGAGCACGUGCUGGUCAACAGUGAGUCCGACGAGGCAGAGGGACGAGUCAAGAUGAUCGAUUUGAUUGCCCUGAAGGGCAUCGAGAAUAUUGGGCAGAUCGAACACGACCCCACAACUGGAGAGGUGUACAUGCUGGUGCCAAUUGAAAUCGAUUUGGUAUUAGAUACGCCCGGACAGCAUGAGGCCGAGAAGAAUGAAGAAGACGAUGGCGAAAUCACAGAGUCUGCGACAACGCUUUGCGCAGACUCUGCCAACAAGGCUGAGAACCCGGAGACAGUUGGUCCUCAACCCCCAUCCCAAGAAACGGAAAACUUGGAGCAAGGCUCGAUGACCACAUUGACGGAUGACACGGAUGGAUCGAUAGACGUUAAGCUAGUCGACGAGGACAUUCAGAAUGCAUGGGAAUACGAGACACGCAUCUUUCUGGUGCCCCAAAUGAGUCUAAACUUUAACAUGUCCAUCCAAAAUGACGAGCCAGACAGUGCAAACAGUUGCCAGCAAAUACCAGAUGAGUGAGCACCUUCGACACUCCUCAACUACUGGACAUAUUAUGGAGUUACCACAUUAAAUUCAAAAUCACAAAAAAAAAAAAAACAUUUAUAUCUUUCGGAGUUAUGAAUUAUUAAAAAUAUCAUCAAAGCUAAA